AUGGUGCGGAUUCAGAGGGGGAAGCUUCUGGCAUCUUGCCUGUGCGUCAUGGCUGCCGUCUUUCUGCUCGUCACACUGCAGGUUGUGGUUGAGCUGGGAAAAUUUGAAGGCACGAAGUUUAAAAAUUCUCAUUUGAAAGAUGGGCGUGCAGAAAUGGAAGCAGAGCCUCUCCACCUCCAUCCAUUCUUUAACAGAGGAGGACUGACCCUGAACAGGAAGAAGACAUUGGCAGCUGACAGCUUCCCCAUCAUGCUCUGGUGGUCCCCACUGACCGGGGAAACCGGAAGGCUCGGCCAGUGUGGGGCGGAUGCUUGCUUCUUCACCAUCAACCGGACCUAUCUCCAUCAUCACAGGACCAGAGCCUUUCUCUUCUACGGUACUGACUUUAGCAUAGAUAGCUUACCUCUGCCUCGGAAAGCCCAUCACGACUGGGCCCUUUUUCACGAAGAGUCUCCAAAAAAUAAUUAUAAGCUCUUUCACCAGCCAGUCAUCACCUUGUUCAACUACACCGCCACCUUCAGCCGGCAUUCCCACUUGCCACUAACCACCCAGUACCUGGAGGGCACGGAAGUCCUGACGUCCCUCCGAUACCUGGUCCCCUUGUGGUCUAAAAACAACCUCCGGAAGAUCCUUGCUCCCCUGGUGUAUGUACAGUCCGACUGUGACCCGCCCUCAGACAGGGACAGUUACGUUCGAGAGCUGAUGACAUACAUUGAGGUCGAUUCCUAUGGCGAGUGUCUGCGAAACAAACCUCUCCCUCCACAGUUGAGCAAUCCAGCCUCUAUGGAUGCAGAUGGCUUUUACAAGAUCCUUGCCCAGUAUAAGUUUAUCCUUGCUUUUGAGAAUGCGGUGUGUGAUGAUUACAUCACCGAGAAGUUCUGGAGACCUCUGAAACUGGGGGUAGUCCCUGUGUAUUACGGAUCCCCCAGCAUCGCAGACUGGCUUCCAAGUAAUAGAAGCGCUGUCCUGGUAUCAGAAUUUUCUCACCCUAGAGAACUGGCAAGUUACAUCAGAGCGCUGGAUCAGGAUGACAGACGCUAUCAGACCUACAUAGAAUGGAAGCUGAAGGGUGAGAUCUCAAAUCAGCGACUUCUCACCGCGCUCAGGGAACGGAAAUGGGGGGUGCAGGACAUUAAGCAGGACAACUACAUCGACGCAUUUGAGUGUAUGGUGUGCAGCAAGGUGUGGGAUAACAUUAGGCUCCAGGAAAAGGGCUUACCACCCAAAAGAUGGCAGGCAGACGCUACCCACCUGAGCUGUCCAGAGCCUACAGUGUUUGCUUUCUCACCGCUGGCCCCACGUCGGCGCUCCUUGCGAGAGAUGUGGAUACCAAGCUUCCAGCAAUCCAAGAGAGAAGCCCGGGCACUCAGCCUGACCAUGCUACCCAUCCCCCUACCUAGCCCAGAAGAAGAAAUGGAACUGACUUCAGCUUCUAUGGUCAACAUCCAUCACUGA